GCAAAACUCAACACAUUUUGCGAAAACCAAUCGAAACACAAGUUUUGUGUGAAAAACCAAAACUCAAAACAUUUCACACUUUUUGUCACAUUUUGUGCCCAUUUUUUGUGACCAACUGAUUGUCACACCAAUUGAUCCCAACUGUCAUCGCCACUACAAUGGCUAGAGUUACCAGAAGUGGCAAAAGUGCCGACAAUGCAGAGGUCGUGACGAAGGCAGCGCCGAAGACUGGGACCAAACGCCUGAAGAAGAAAGAGGUGACCAAAACAACUCCGAAGACAACAACUGUGGUUAAGGCUGACACAGAUGUGGAGGACGAACGCCAUGACAGCCCACACGUGACCCCAACCAAGACGUCCAAAAGGGGUCGAAAGCGCAAGAGUGGGGCCACCGAAGAAGAGCCCGAAAAGGCUGUCAAAAGGCGCGGCCGACCGCCCAACAAACCCAAGACAACGGCCGAGUCUACCAUCGGAUCCACUGUCACAUCAAAGACGUCGAAACCAUCAUCAGUGGUGACGACGAGUCAGCCGUCGGUCGGUCGCCGGAAGCGCGGCUCAAACCGUACGGACACGAAGUCAUUCACUCAACGAGAGAAGAAGGCGUUUUACGAAUGUCUUCAGUCAAAGGGCUUGAGUUGUCUCAAGAAUGAGGAGCUCCUACUCGAGGUCUUACCCAACCGUACGAUCACUGAAAUCAAUGCAUUCAUUGAUACCUACAGUCGUAAAGCACAGGAACUGAACCGCCGGAGCGAUGAGGCCAUGAAUGGCGGCUCGAACUCCACUUCAAACAAACAGCCGAUCGAGAAGUGGUUUGAAUUGAUCCAUCAGUCCAUUCCUAACGCCUCCAAAAAGGACGACAUAUCCGCCAUUUUGAUCGAUAUCUUCGGCGAUAUUAAAAUUGAGGACAAAGAGCCUAAAAGUGAGAUCAAAUCGGAAGUGAAUCCAGACUUGAUCCCAGAUUUCAAGCAAAUCUAUGGCUGUAUUAAAGACGCUUUGGAUGGCGAGUAUGCGCCGCCAUUGCGACCAAUGGACGCCUUCGUUAUGGUUAACCUCAUUGAAGAACUCAAAGACCUCCUCAGGAGUGACGACUAUAGCAAAGAGACGGAUUAUUUGGCAUCAGGCAAGUGGUGGUCCAACAAGAAGUCCGCCGAAGACAUGUUCAGCGAUAUAUUCACGCGACGACAGCAACAAAAUGCCGCCGAAAACGUCUACGCCCGACAUAUCCACUCACUCCUUAACCACUCACUCCUCUAA